AUGUCCAAGAACUGCACACCUGCGGCCAGCAUCCGCUCCACCGACGCAGAGCUCACUCUGAAGCUCAAACUGGCGAUUAGAAAUUGGGAGUAUGGUCAGUGUAUUCUCUGGGCCGAGUGCAGUUCUGCAAGUGGAGAUGCAACUACCUCCGACAAGUGCCUCUCCUCCGUCGGCCCGUGUCAAGGUUCGAGCCAAGAAUUGUUUGCGAAAACUGAUGCUGAUGUAAGUUCAGGGACAUUCACUCUUUUUGCUGAAGACCUUGAUGGGGAGCACACAGUUAAAGCGUAUUACACAACUAAUCUCUUGAAAACGACCUUCUAUCACGCAACAGAUACUGUUGCGAAUCAGUUCUACGGCUUCCAAGAAGACGAUGACGACAACGGACAGAAAAUCUACAUCAAGCAAAAAGGUGAGUUUUCCUUAGACUUUAGCCGGUAUGGCACGACCAACUCUAAUCAGGACGACCCAGAUGCCGCUUACCAAUGGACUUUUGAUGAGCUGCCGGGCUUGUCGGAGUUGCACCUUCAUUGCGGGGACCAACAAGUCCUUCAGGACCUGCAAAAGAUUGAAGAGAAUGGUGAACACGUCUUCAAAUGGAAGUGCGCCACAGUGGCAGGUUUGGGUUCGUGCUGGGAGGAAGUGUCCUUGGAAGUGCCGUUGAGUGAUGUGGCUUCACUCAAGUUCGUUUUGGUGGAUUGCGGUGAGCGGAACGCCCUCCGCGCUUUGGAGUUUGAGCCGAACAUUGCCACUGCAUCUCUGCGGUUGAAGGGCACCUGCUGCAGCUUGGCCAUGCUCCCAGUGGCUUUGAACCCCACCGAGGAGUUUUCAGACUUUUCAGAAAACAGUGGGUUCUCUUUGCAGCAAGCUGAAGGCAUGUAUUGUCCAACAGGUUUGGACGAUUCCGGCCGGCCAAGCUUCAAACAAACUUUCAGCUUCAAGCCGGAUGCAACUGCCACGGGCACUCUCCUCUACAACCGAGCUGAAGGAAAGUGGGAGGUGACGGAGUCGACCAACUCCUGGGCGGUGGAAGCAGAUGUGGUGCACCCCUUGGACCUCGGAGACACAGAACUUGUGUCAAGUGGGAGCCAGGAGUCGCUCCAUGUGAUGCCCAUGUUGGACUUCAAUUCCAUUUUCACUGGCAAAGGCGUUGAGGCUUUGGCCACACCAGAGACCUCUUCUGCUGUGACCAAGUGGAAAACUCCACCGACACUUCUCACCUUCGCCGCCGACGACCCCGACUACGUCCCAGAGUGCCAAGACAAGUUCCACCCCGGUGACGCCAACUUCAAGCGAGACGAGAUGAACGACAACGCGGAAGGUCUCUGGUCAGAUGACCCGCAGAACCCCGCUGAGAACCCCUGUGCGUACAUCUACAGCACAGAGAGUUACGAAACAGGACAGAGCCUCCAGAAUGUUAAGCUCGGCGCAGGCAUGUCGUGGGAACCAAGAGACAAAGUCCGUUCGGACCCUGACUAUGGAAACGAUGGCUCAAGUGGCACGGCAGGACGAGGCUUGACCUAUCGGACCGUGAAAGAAUGCUCCGAUCGGGAGAUUUCCAGAGAAUACGACUUGGGCGACAUUCAGAAUUUCAGGGAUGCUGUCAAGAAAGGUGACGCAGCUAUCCUCACAGGGCUGGAGAGUGUUGCAGAGACCAUUUCGAACAACACGCGGAAGCUGUUUGAGUUCUAUUUGGGCCAAGACCAAGGGGGCAGCGACAAUCCUAACCUCAUUGUGCAAGGCAUGACUCGGAGUCUAGAUGAGAUGAAGCAGAUGGUUCAAUCGGCGCAGAUGCAUCCCUUAGAAGCAACAGCAACCACCCGAACCAUCAACACCUUUCUUGCUCACGCUCGCAGCACUGGGAAUUCAGACUUGAAUGCUUCAAAUCUCUCGUCCCAUCUAGGUCACAUGUCCAGCAGGGUGCAGAAACUUCGUGCACUUGUGAGCGAGACCACAUCGCGCAAGCUGACUUCAUCUCAGUAUACGGCGGUGAAUGUGGCUGAAUACGUGAAGUCUAUGACUGAAGUCAUGAGGUCCAAAGCACACACACUUGGGGUCUUUCAUCACAGAGCCGUGAAAAGCAAGGAGAAGCAUCAUUGGUUGCACAAACAUGCAGCUGAGAAAAGCGCAGAGGAUAUCUUAGCAGAGGCCCAGGAGGAUUCCAUCAUGCUUUCCCUUAGCAGCAUCGACAAGACAUGGUGGCAAUUGAGGGCAACAUUUGAUCUUUAUUUUGCUGACACGGAGGAUUACUUGGGGGCAUUCAAAAAUGCUCUUGUGGCUUUGGACGGCUACACUGAAAGGUGCUCCAUGUCCUUCCUGGAUUUGAAGUCUGCAUACGCCACCUUCGCUAGGGCAGAUGCAAAGGUUCAUCAGACCUUGCAAGGGGUUUGGUCAGCUACGAACCCAUUAGUUGGUUCGCUAGUGUCACAGGUGUUGGACACGGAGAUUUUGAAGAGAUUCGCCAGGCUUGACCUCGCCACGUUCAACGCCACAGCGAAGCUGGAUGGCAGUCCAUUGAAGACAUUAUGCGCAAGGCCUGAUGCCAAAGGUUCAGGACAGGGGGGCGCGAACGUGUUUGGUAGCUGCGCUGAAUGGGGGACGCAAAUACAUCAGCGACCGAACGUCUCAAAAGACUUUCAAUUUGCUGAAGUGACAGCGGGACGGCCGCGCCGUGAGGGCUGA